CUGCCCCGCCCCUCGGCUGCCGCCGCCACCGCCUUCGGAAGAUGGCGGACGGCGGGGCCGGUCCCGCGCAGCAGGAAGGGGAAGUGUCCGCGCCGGCCGGCGGCGGCCGGAGGGAUCGGCAGCCCCGGAGCGUAGGCUGCCCGCCCAGCGCCCGGGAUUUGCAGUUGGCCUUGGCAGAGUUAUAUGAAGAUGAAGCUAAAAGGCAGUCAUUGUGUCCUGACAAACCAACAGCUACAAAGAUCAGUAACACAAAAGUAUCACACAGUCUUAAAAUUGAUUCUCUUAGAAGGUUGAGAAAACCAGAGAGAAGCAUGAGCGAUGACAAAGAAAACCAAAGAUUUUAUUCAGGUGACUCAGAAUACAGAGGAUUACAGAUUUCUGGGGCUUCUAAUAAUCCAAGUAAAAUUGUUGCUGAACUCUUCAAGGAAGCAAAAGAACAUGGAGCUGUCCCAUUAGAUGAAGCCUCAAGAGCAUCUGGUGACUUAAGUAAAGCUAAGUCAUUUUCUGGUGGUGGAUAUAGAUUGGGUGACUCAUCACAAAAGCACUCUGAAUAUAUAUAUGGAGAAAAUCAGGAUGUUCAAAUUUUGCUGAAACUAUGGAGGAAUGGCUUCAGUUUAGAUGAUGGGGAGUUGAGAUCCUAUUCAGACCCAACAAAUGCUCAGUUUCUUGAGUCUGUUAAAAGAGGGGAAAUUCCUGUGGAACUGCAGCGACUUGUUCAUGGUGGCCAGGUUAAUUUGGAUAUGGAAGACCACCAAGAACAGGAAUAUGUGAAGCCUAGACUGCGAUUCAAAGCUUUCAGUGGUGAAGGGCAAAAACUUGGAAGCCUUACACCUGAAAUAGUCAGCACACCUUCUUCACCAGAGGAGGAGGAGAAAUCCAUUCUCAGUGCACCUGUUCUGAUCGAUGAUUCCAUGCCAGCAACUAAAAUUCAAAUUAGAUUAGCAGAUGGAAGCCGAUUAAUACAAAGAUUUAAUCAAACACACAGGAUUAAGGAUAUUCGAGAUUUCAUUAUCCAGUCCCGUCCAGCAUUUGCAACAACUGAUUUUGUUCUUGUGACUACCUUUCCAAAUAAAGAGCUUACAGAUGAAAGCCUGACACUACAAGAAGCAGAUAUACUUAACACUGUGAUUCUUCAGCAAUUAAAGUAAUCUUACAGUUGUUGGUAUGAAAUAGGGACUGUGCUGUCUUGUCAUACAAUACGUUUCCAACAGAUGAAAAAAAGGAGAGAGCAGUGUCUUUUUAUUACCCCACUUCCAUGCAUCAGAUUUUUGGGUUUCAUGUCUUCCAGCUAUAGCAUAUCUAGCUUUUUUGUUUGAAUUUCUCAACAUUGUUCAGCCUUUUUUCAGUGUUAAAAUUAAGCUUCCCUAUGUUAGUUUGUUUCAAACACAUCUUGUACUAAAUGUGAAAUGAGGUAUGACUUUAUGACUCUUCAUUAUUUUGAGAGGGGUGAGGGGAGAAGCGUUUGGGGACAGUAUCUUUCAUACAGUUGGUAAGAUUUGCACUAUGGAAAUGUUUUAUGCUGCAUUGACAAACAGCCAUUUGAAAACUUAGCCUGUAGGUUAUGUUUACCUUCCAAGCUGUAUUAAUAUUAAGGUGUUCUGUUUAAUAGGUUGACAGAUAAUUAAUGCCCUAAUACAAUUUUUGUAUAUUCUGUUUGUAGUGUUUCAUGGUGCAGUAUAAUAUUUAUAUUCUAGUUUUUAUGUAAUUUUCCCCGUAUUGUUGCUCAUAUGAGUGAAUCAGUUCAGGAGAUGCAAAUCUCAGCUAUCACAGACUAUAAUAGGUUGUUGACAUUUGUAUUCCAGUUGUUCUACUUGUGGUGAAAAUAAGUAUGAACUUUUUUCUUCUUGAAGCUAGAGAAAUGGGAGAGACCACUGUCAUCUGGAGAAAUGCUGUGAUUUAGAUUUCAUGAAAGUAGGCCUGUGGUCACUUUGAAUCUGAAUAUGCAGUUGAACCCUGUGCAGCUACAUGAUUCUUCACAUGAACAGUUACUUAAAUAACUCCAAACAAAAAGACACAAAGGUGCACAAACACAGAACUUGUUUAUGCUGUCACUUGCAUGCACAAAAGUAGACAUGUUAAUUGGUCGUGUAUUUUUGACCUGGAUUUCAGGUCUUUAUAUUUGGACUUUUGGCCAAAGGCAUUUUGUAAUAUUCAAUGGGGAUUUGGUUGUGCAGCUUUCGCUAUACUUGUUUGGAAGCUGUAUAGUUAAACCCCUUAAUAUUUGAAAUUAUAUAUUUUUUCAAAUAACUUGGCCCUACACUGCAGUAUGCAGGUAGGAAUCUUAUGUUGUGGGCAAACUGGCUGCUGUGCUUUAGUAUUAUGCAGUUUUAUAGUAUUUGUGGCUUUAUAUCAGAUGAGUGGAUCACACUCUGAAGGAGGGUAAAUGGGCUGUAUCUCUUGUACCGAUAUAUGUGUUAAAAAUGCUGUUUUCACUGAUUAUUCUGAAAAUAUCAAUAUUUAUUUAUGCUAAGCUUAUAUUUGCUCAGUAUAUUUGAUUAAUCUUACAUUUUUACCUCAAAGUAGAUAUUUGACUGAGUAAAUUUUAAUUGUGCAAUUGUAUUUGAAGUAUUUGGUUUUGUAAUCUGAAUAUCUGCAUGAUUUUAAUCAUAAUUCAUUUCACGUGCUAAGUAAUUAAAGUUUUAAGCUAUAAAGAC